AUGGCUCAAGAAAAGUCUGGUGGUAGGCCCAGGGCCCCUACCAUUACCAUCGACACCAGUGCCGACACUACUGCGGCUGCUCCUCGACACUCACUUGGUUCCCCUACGGACUUGACUGCAAGUCCGACAACUUUGUUCCCAGACAUGCCUCAACCUUCCGGCGCUUCGCAAGCGAGCUCGAGACCAGACUUCCAACCCGCCCAAUCGUUCGAGAGCCAGCGAGAGAGUCGCCCUCAAAGUCCCCACAAUGUGUCUAGUCCUGUCGCAUCACGGAAUAGGGGUCCUCCCCAGGCCUAUCUGGCAGUUCCCAGUCACCGCUCCAGACAGAAUUCUGUUGAUAGCAGUAGCGAAUAUAGUGAGACCGCUGUUGGCUCGGGCUCAACCUGGCAGGGCACCGAGAAGGGCGACAAGGGAGCCGAGCUUAACCAUGACAAGAUUAAAAACGAUCCCGACGCCCUGAAGCCCGAUGCCGGCAAGGACAACGAUUUCCAGGUCGAGAACAACCCCUUUGCAUUCAGUCCUGGUCAGCUCAGCAAGAUGUUCAACCCCAAGAGCCUUCCCGCUUUCUACGCACUGGGAGGUCUUCAAGGUAUUGAGAAGGGUUUACGUUCGAACCGAGCCAGCGGUUUAAGCGUUGAAGAGAAGCGCCUGGAUGGAUCUGUCACCUUCGACCAGGUAACUGGCAAGAGCUCUACUAAACUCAGCACCGAGGGAGUCGAAAGCCCUCAAACGCCUGUCGCCCGCAGAGGCACUGCUGGCACGCAGAACGGGGAUGGAGCUUUCGCGGAUCGAAAACGUGUGUACAAGGACAACCGCAUUCCCGAAAAGAAGGGCAGGAGCUUCCUCCAGCUCGUCUGGAUUACUUACAAUGAUAAGGUGCUGAUCCUCCUUACCGCCGCUGCUAUUGUUUCUUUAGCAAUUGGCAUUUACGAAUCAGUCAGUGGAAACGGCGAAGGCGUCGAAUGGGUCGAAGGUGUGGCUAUCAUUGUAGCCAUUAUCGUCGUCGUACUCGUUGGCUCACUGAACGACUGGCAAAAGGAGAGGCAGUUUGCAAAACUGAACAAGAAGAAGCAGGAUCGACUGGUCAAGGCCAUCCGAUCUGGCAAGACCGUGGAAAUAUCUGUCUAUGAUAUUUUGUCUGGCGACGUGCUUCAUCUUGAGCCCGGUGACCUGCUCCCGGUUGAUGGAAUUCUCAUUCAAGGUUACGAUGUGAAGUGCGAUGAGUCGCAAGCCACGGGAGAGUCUGACGUGAUCCGGAAAAUGCCUGGCGACGAAGUUCUCGAGGCUAUCGAAAAUGGCGACCAGCUCAAGAAGGCCGACCCCUUCAUUCAGUCUGGUGCUCGUGUCAUGGAGGGUAUGGGCACUUACAUGGCCACCUCAACUGGCAUUUACUCGAGUUAUGGAAAGACUCUCAUGGCUUUGGACGAGGACCCCGAGAUCACGCCACUCCAGCAAAAGUUGAACGUUAUUGCCGAGUACAUUGCCAAAUUAGGAGGUGGUGCUGGUUUGCUUUUGUUUAUCGUUCUGCUCAUCAUCUUCUUGGUCAAGCUCCCCAGCAAUCAUGAAACACCCAUCCAGAAGGGUAUGCAGUUUCUUGAUAUAUUUAUUGUCGUGGUCACAAUUAUUGUCGUCGCCGUUCCUGAGGGUCUACCACUUGCAGUCACACUGGCUCUAGCAUUUGCCACGACGCGCAUGGUCAAGGACAACAAUUUGGUUCGUCACUUGAAGGCUUGUGAGGUCAUGGGUAACGCAACUACAAUUUGUUCCGACAAAACAGGCACAUUGACGCAAAACAAGAUGCAAAUUGUCUCUGGAACUCUCGGAACCGCUCAUCGUUUCGGAAGCUCUAAUUCUCACGGGUCUGAGGACACGUCCGAAUCCACUUCGCCUUCCGAUGGCCUCUCUGCUCAGGAAUUCGCCAAGGUCCUCUCGCCAGAUGUCAAGCAACUAUUGCUCAAGUCAAUUUCACUCAACUCGACUGCUUUUGAGGGCGAAGUUGACGGAGUCAAGACUUUUAUUGGUUCCAAGACCGAGACUGCCAUGCUCAUUUUCGCCCAAGAACAUCUUGGUAUGGGUCCCGUAAACGAGGAGCGGUCCAACGAGAAGAUCCUUCAGCUUGUACCUUUUGACUCCGGCCGAAAGUGUAUGGGCAUCUUUGUCCAGCUUCCCAAUGGAAGAGUCCGACUAUAUGUCAAAGGUGCAUCAGAGAUAGUACUGAACCAGUGUACCGAAAUCAUUCGCGAUCCCGCAAAGGAUCUGACAACCUCUACUUUGACGGAUGAGAAUGAACAGACAAUCAAGAACUUGAUCGACAGCUACGCGUCUAGAUCUUUGAGGACUAUCGCAAUCGUGUAUCGCGAAUUUGAACAGUGGCCACCCAAGAACAUAAAACGCUCCGAAAACAACCCGAACGAGGUCUCGUUCGACGAUGCUUUCAAGAAAAUGGUUUUCAUUGGCAUGGUGGGUAUUCAAGAUCCUUUACGCGAUGGCGUUGCGGAGGCUGUGAAGGACUGCCAGAAAGCCGGUGUCAUGGUUCGCAUGGUAACAGGUGACAACAAACUCACCGCCCAAGCUAUCGCCAAAGAGUGUGGAAUUCUUAUUGGUAAUGGCAUUGUUAUGGAGGGUCCGGAGUUCCGCAAUCUCUCAAAGUAUGAGCAAAACGAAAUCAUUCCUCGCUUGCAGGUUCUUGCCCGCUCCAGUCCAGAGGAUAAGCGAAUUUUGGUGCGCCGACUAAAGGAUAUGGGCGAAACUGUCGCUGUGACUGGCGACGGUACAAACGACGCCCCUGCUCUCAAACUUGCCGAUGUGGGUUUCUCCAUGGGUAUUGCCGGUACUGAGGUUGCGAAAGAGGCUUCGUCCAUCAUUCUCAUGGAUGACAACUUCAACAGUAUCGUAAAGGCCCUCAAAUGGGGUCGUGCCGUGAAUGAUGCAGUCAAGCGCUUUUUGCAGUUCCAGCUGACUGUCAACAUUACUGCUGUUAUUCUCACCUUCGUCACUGCCAUCUCGAACAACUCAGAAUCAUCGGUCCUCACAGCUGUUCAGCUGUUGUGGGUCAACCUCAUCAUGGAUACUUUAGCCGCUCUGGCUCUGGCUACGGAUCCUCCUCAGGACAGUGUAUUGGACAGAAAACCCGAGCGCCGUGGAUCCAGCAUCAUCUCUAUCACGAUGUGGAAGAUGAUCCUUGGCCAGGCUAUUUACCAGCUUGUCAUCACCUUCAUGCUUUACUACGGUUCGGUACAGAUCUUUGCUUUAGAUACCGCAACGGAGCAGGAGCAGCGUGAAACUCUGGUGUUCAACACUUUUGUUUGGAUGCAGAUCUUCAACCAAUGGAACAACCGUCGUUUGGACAACAGGUUCAACAUCUUCGAAGGUCUAUUUCGCAACUGGUUCUUCAUCGGUAUCAACAUCGCCAUGUGUGGCGCCCAGAUACUCAUCGUCUUCAAGGGUGGCAAGGCGUUCAGCAUCUCUCCCCAUGGACAAACAGCUGAACAAUGGGGUUAUGCGAUAGCACUCGGGUUCAUCUCGAUUCCCAUCGGCAUGGUCAUUCGCUGCAUCCCUGACGAAUUCCUCUCCAGGCUCAUCCCGACCUAUCUGAAGCGCAGAUCUUCACGCGUCCCUGGCCUUACCGUCUCGGAUGAAGAGCGAUUCGAGCACUAUCCUGAAGCUUUUACCGAAGUCAAAGACCAUCUUACGUUUAUCAAGCGGUACAAAGGUGGUCGUCUCAACAAUCUUAAAUACGGCCUGAAACACCCCAAGGAGGUCAUCAUGCAAAUGCGCAGCCCAUCACACUCUAGGUCAAAUUCUUUGAGAGAACCUCUGCCGCCUCGGACACCGGUUCGUGAGGAUAGCACCGGCGACUCGCUAGCACCUACACCCGAGUUGCGUGCUCGCUCUCGAUCUACGCGAUCAGGUAGGAGCCGGUCGAACUCGGCUCUCGGUGCCACUACUGUAAUGGCUGGUAUUAUCGCUGGUUCCGUCGGUGCCGGUUGGUCUCCUGUCCAAGAGCGUAGCAAUGCGGAAUUCCCUCCCCGUGGUCCAGCCUCUACUCCUUCACCUCUGGCACACAACGAGGAGCUGGAACCAGUUGAGGAAAAAAGGCAGGUCGAUGUUCCUACCUUGAAAGUUCCCGAGCCGCCUCACAAAUCGUAA